CUGAUGCUUCGUGCUGUUUGAAUACAGCCUGGGACUCCGAUACCCAGACUUCCUGUCUCUGCCAACAGAAGUUUAGCCUUGGAGGCUUAAAUCAUGACUGGAACAGGUCAGGGGCUGGGAGGGAGAUUGUGCUCUGUGGCUAGUUAUGAUGGACUGAGUCAAAACUAUAUCGACCCUACGGCCGAAUUUACCGACGACGAGACUUUUCAAACGACAGACUAUACGCAGUCAGUCCCACUCAAUGAGUACGACGGUACCUCGAUAAACGGCUCGAACCCGUUUUCUUCCUCUGAAUCCUAUCCGAAUUCCAGUCCGAGUAAUGUUUUCUCACCCGACCCUGCGACGAGCGACUCGAGGACCGAAGACUUUCCAAGUGAAAGGAGGCAUCACGCCUCUUUAUUUUCCAAUGCAAUAGAACAGCCCUCAUCAGAGACGGUGACGACUGUUCACGGACCUGGUUCCACCGAUCUUUCACCGCAGUGGCUCCAGGAUCGUCCGUGGUCCGAAUGGGACGGAGAGAAUGGCCAGGAGACAGGUAUACAGUCGACCGGACUAUUCAACCCCUUGCUCUACCCGAGCACCGCGACUCUUACUGCGGUCGAACAGAUACCUGUUACCCGUCCUGAGGCAGUACCAACGCUAGAUAUAAACGGAAGCAGUCCUGCCUUCAACAACAUAGGAUUUUGGACGGCAACAACAGGCUUCACAGGCACGAAUCCAGUACUCCAGCCACGCACCGGUCGGAAUAACUUCGUCCCUAAGCGGUUCGAAACCUCAGGAGAUUGGAGGUACGUAUACCUAGUCCCGAUUAUGAUCUAAUUAGAGACUUACCAGAUCCAGGAAACAUGAGAAAAAGCGUACACGGCCCCAUUCG